GAGGAGGGCAGGCUGGCGGACCAGGUUGGGGCGCCACGACAGCCUGCUACACCCGCACGCCGAGCAGCUGCUUCCCACGUCACCACCCACCACCCGCAAGCCCCCCAGCAGCCCCCGGGACCAGACAAGGCAGCAGUACGGGUGAUGACUCCGCCAGCAACCCCGCCGCCCCCAGCCCCGGGGUCCUGCGAUCCGCCGCCGCCCCCGCCGCCGCUGUCAUCUUCCCCGCCACCGCUCGCCACUCUACCGCCAACACCGCAGCAGCAGCAGCAGUUGCUGCAGCGCUGGGCGCUAGCGGUACUGACGGCGGCGGCGGCGGCGGGGAAGCUGCCGCAGCGUCCGGCUGCCCCUGCAGCUCCGGCCGCCAUGCGGGCGCCACACUCGCUAUUCCCAUCCGGUAGCAUUAUGAGCAACGGUGUCGCUGUUCCCGCACCAACGACAACAGCAGCGGGUGCAGUACCGUCGUACAUUCCCGGCGGCGUGCCGGCGCUGCUUGUGACAGCAGCGGCGAUCUCAGCAUGCGCAGCGGAGCGGGGCCUGCUGACACACCCCGGCCCGGGUGCUGCGGGGGGAAAGGGCGCCGCUGCAACGGCUGCUGACGGGGGGGCAGGAGCGACUUUGUCGUACGGUUGUAGCGGAGCCAGCGGCGGCGGCAGUACUGCCUACAGUAGCAGCAGCGGCAGCGGCGGCUUCCCCUGGCCGCUGUACCUUAUUGGCACACGUGACAGCUUCACGUACCACCUGGUGCCUCGUACGGCUGUCGUACAGGGGCCCGAUGGCCGUACGUUCAUUCGUACGGAGUACUUUUUCCGCGAGGACGAGUUGCCGCCUGACUACUGGGCUUUUGCAGGCAAACCCACAACCGAGGUGUUUGCAGAAGCGCCACCCGAACCCGCUGCUACCGGCGCUGCUGCUGCCGGCAGUGGUGCUCAGCCUGCUGCUGCUGACAACACAUACGGCACUGCCGCCGCCGCCGCCAGUAAGCCCGGCAGCAGCGGCAGUGCGGGUGGUGCUGCCGCCGUUUCCGUCGCUGCUGUCGCUGGGUUGCCGCCGCCUGACAGCGGUUGUGCCGUCGCAAAAGCAGCUCACCCGGAUACGCCGCCUUGCGCGGGUCUAGCUCCCGGCGCCUCUGCCGGUGCGGCUUCCCACCCGGCUGGUACGGCUGCGGUGACGACUGCACUGACUGCAGGUGUUACAGCAGCAGGCAGCGGCACCGCGGUGGGCAGUAGCAGCGGCGGCGGCGGUGCUGCCCUUGGCGGCGGUCAGAUGGACAGCGGCGGUGGUGAGAAGGACAACUGCGGAGCCGGCUUUGCUGACGGUGGUGACGGUGGUGACGCCGACGGGGAGCUGUGUUCGCUGGCUGCUGUGGCGGAGGUGCUGGGCAGCCUGGUGGCGGGACUGGAGGGGGGUGGCGGUGGAGGUGGAGAAGGUAGCGGGUUGCUCAGCGGCGGUCAGAAUGCCAGCGGCAGCGGCAGCAGCAGCAGUAUGAUGAUGACGGCUGCGGACUGCUUCACUGGGAACCCUGCAGCAGCCGCGGUAGCAGCAGCGGGUGGGGAGCGCGGGAAGCACGAUGGGCACGAUGGAGGUACCCAUGCCCGCUGCACGGCUGCUGGCACCCAUCCCGCUCCUCCGGCAGCACUGGUGCUAGCAGCAGCAGCAGCAGCACCGGCACCACGAAUUGCGCCUCCCCUAGGUACGGCUCCCGAGGUACCUGCAGCAGCAGCGGCAGCUGCCCCCUCCCCCCUGCAGCCGCCACCUCCCCAACCACCCGCCCCCGCCCCCGCCCCCGCCUCUUCCUCCCUCCUGCUGCUGCUGCCCCCUCCGCCGCCCCCUCCGCCGGGUCUGCUGCCCGUGGGCGUGGUGUCGUACACCGCGCUGUUCGGCCCGGGGGAGCUGCGGCGGGUGGAGGCGGCGGCGGAGGCGACUGACGUGGCGGCGCGGCGGGGGCUGCUGCCGCCGGAGUGCCACCACAGCUCGGUGGGGGGCGGGGGCGGGGGAGGCGAGGGGGCGGCGCUGAAGAGGACCAAGAUGUUUUUCGGAGCGCGCUACCUGUGGACCCGCGAGCAGCUGUCGCAGCCGCUGUCCCGGGUGGCUGGCGGGGUGCGACUGGAUGUGCCGCCGCCGCUGCCCUGGAUGAGGCAAUUGGUGGAGGCCCCCCUGGUGUCCUGCGGGGUGGUCCCCCGGGGCUUCGUGGACAGUGUGGCGCUCAACCUGUACCACGAUGGGAGCGAGGGAAUACAGUCCCACUACGACGACGGCGCUCGCUUCCGCCGCCCCAUCUACUCGCUGCGCCUCUUCUCCGACAGUCGCCUGUCGUUCGGGGGGGCGCUGUACGGCAACACGAACAACGCCUUCUUCGUACCCAUGCCACGAGGCUGCAUCACGGUGCUGUCCGACGCUUCCUACGCGGCCAACGGCAUCAAGCACUGCGUGCGGCCCGCAGACAUGGCGGGGCGCAGCGCGGCGCUCAUACUGCGGGGGAUACACCCGGGCGCGUGGAGGAAGGCGCAGGAGUUGCUGCUGGAGGAGACCUGCGGCCGCUUCACCCGGGCCCUGCGCCUAGACAGCGGCACACAGGGGCCUGCCAGCGGGCAGCCGCAGCCCGCGACUGGCGAGCGACCCGCGGGUCACCUUGGUCAGACCGGCGGCGACGGCGGCAGCAGUGCUGCUGCGAGGAAAACUUUCCAACAGCAGCAGCAGCAGCAGCAAACCCCGCGAGGUGGUCCCAGUGAUGCUACAAUCAGUCGGAUUGUACGACACGUCGUCGAGCGGUUGGUGGAUCGCGUGGAACGGCAAGUGCGGCGGCAGGCGGCGGUUGAGGCAGCGGUUGCGGAUGUCGUACGACGCAUGGUGUGGGUCGUCUCGCGCUCUGUGGCACGAGAAGAGGAGGCGGAGGAGCAGAAACGGAAGAGGGCUCUGCUCGCGCGGCGGCGACGGAAGCGGCAGCAGGUGGAGCAGGGGGAGCAGGGGGGUGGGCUGGCGUUACCCAGUACGGCACCUCCGCCCCACACCCUCAGCGAUACAGCGCUAGAAGGGGUGGAAAGCAGCGCGGUGUACGACAGGAGCAAGUACGGCAGUAGCAGCGCGGCGGGUGGCACGGCAGCGGACACGGGAGCUCUGCCGUACACUUUCGGUCGUACCGGCGGAGCUAGCAGGCGGGGGCGGGGCAGGGGCCGUGGAGGACUGCCGUACGGGGGUUUUGCAUCCCCCGGCCCCUCCCCGGGGGAGGCGGCCUCUGAAGCCCAGCUGCGGAGCCCCGAGGACCGGCAGAUUCGCCGGCUACUCAACCGCAUGAUUCGCGGGGUGGAGGCGGCAGCGGAGGCGGGCAGCGGCACCACCUGCUGUACGGCAGCCGGCACCUCCUCCUCCUCCCGCCGUACAGCUGCCGUACAUCACUACAGCAUGAUGCGGGGGCAAAGCCACGAAUCAGGGGAAGGAGGAGCAGGGGGUGGCGGCGGCGGCGUCAAGCGCACAUACGACAAGGGCGGUGCCGCAGCGGCAGGUACGGCGGCUGACGUGGACAGCGGCAGUGGCGCUGUUGGCAGCAGCGGCGGGAAGGCAGCCCUGGAGGCCGCUCCUCCGCCUCCUCCUCCUCGCCGCCUCCGGACUGCAGGGCCCGUGUUUACAUGUUCGCUGGACAGUACAGCGGGGGUGCGGCACUCGGGCGGUGGCGGGCCCGCUGUUGCCAAGCGCCGGAGGCUCGGAUGCAGCGGGGAGGAGCAAGCCGCCGCUACUGCUGCUACUGCUGCUGCCGGCCCCUUCUGUUCGGGAUUAAUACGUUCGCCCCCAAUCCCUGCUGCUGCUGCUGCUGCCGCUGCUAGCUACCCGCACGUGGACCCUCGUCUGCUGGAGGACGAGAGGGACUGUGAGGCGGCUGGUGGUGACGCUGACGGUGGUGGUGGUGGUGGUUGGGUCGGCAGCGGCAGCACCAUGAAGGUACUGGCGCCGCCGCCGCCGCCUGAUCUGCAACCGACAGUCGUCACUCCACCGCCGCUCCCGCGGCGACGGCGCCGGCGCCUCGACGGCGACUCCUCAUCCGCCGCCGCCGCUACCAGCAGUGCCGCCUACGCCGCCGCCGCCACUGACGAUGCGCUGGUUGCCGCCGACGGCUCCGUCGACCCCGCCGCCGCCGCCGCCGCCGCGGAGGCCCAGUGGUUCGGGCGGUGGAGCGAGGCGCGCGUGCUGCGGGCCGCCAGCCGACUGGCGCUGGCGGGGGCGGAGCUGGGGGGCCCGGGGCUGAAGCGGGCGGUACGGCAGGUGUUGCGGGUGGAUGGGUUCCGCAUGCUGCGCUGGCUGAGGCGGCAGCGGGCGGAGGUGGCGGAGGUGGCGGAGCAGCGGCAGCAGGACUCCCCGCCAAAGCAGUCGGUCGACGCAGCGGAGGCCGCCAAGCCACCAUCCCGCCCUGGUGAUGCCGCUGUCACCUCGCAGCCGCCGCCACCUCCGCCCUCCAUGUCGUUCAUGGCCCUCAUGCUGGAUGCUCUAGUGGGCGACGAAGGGGAAGCCAAUUGUUGUCGCCCCCGCCUUGAUGAACAACAACAACAACAAUCGCUGACUUCAGAGGACGCCGGGGCCGCUGGUGCCGACGUUGCCACUGCGGCGGGCGGCGGAAGUGGGGAAGGCGGCUCCUGUUCGUUUCCCAGCUGUGUCUGGCCCACCACGUGGCUAGAUACGCCAACUCUUGCCCAAUCCGAUGAGCCCGACGCUGCUAGUGUUUGCAGCGGCCUGCAAGGGUGGUCUAACGAAAACGAUACGGCGGCGGCAGCGGCAGCGGCGGCAUCGCCCCCCAGCGGCGGCGGCGAGGAGGUGCCGCGGCUCUGGAGGCGGCUGUACGACAAUACGGUGUCCGCCGCCGCCGGCCUCGUCGCCACCGGAGGAGGCGCUGCUGCCAAUCCCAGCUUGCAGACGUCGACCUGCGUGAUGUGCGGCAACGACGGUUGUUCGUCUCGUGGAGCCGAUGGGGGGAUAGUAGAGGCAGCAGCAGACCCGGUGUCGUCGACUGAAGACGGAUUGGACCCGUUACUAGAGGUUGGUCCCGCGCAGCUACUGGCUCAUGCCGUGCUCAGCCAUGUUAUCGCUGCCGCCGCUGCGGCGGAGGUGGCGGUAGCGACGACGGAGGCGGAGGCGGCAUGUCGUACACCGACGGCCGCCACUACCGCGGGGAAGGCACUGGCUUCUGAACUUGUGAAGGCUGCUGACGUCAGGAACGGAACAGGCGUGACAGAGGGCGCGGAGGUGGCGCGGGGAUCGCUUCUAGAGAAGCGUUCGGCAGCGGUGCUAACCGGGGACGCGUACGUGCAGCCCGGCCGCUGCCCGUCACUGCCACCACCUGGUGAGGAUAGGCAUCCGGUUGGAAAGGCGGGGGCAGUAGCAGCUGGGAACACUUUUGGAUCAGCAGCAGCAGCAGCGGCAGCAGCGGCAGAGACCCGGGGUACAGCAGCACUGCUGGGUGAAGUGGCCCCCCAGCCGCUUGGUGUAUACGGCGGCGCGUGCAUGGCGGUAAUGGGCACAACAGCAACAGCAGCAGUAACGGUAACGGUAGGAGGCGCACCACCCGGGGCGUCGUCUGGGGAUUUGCCAAGGGGAGCAGUUGUCUUGACGCCUCCGCUAAUCGGACCAACCGUUGCAGAAGCGGCACCGGCGAUGACGGCAUCAUGUACGGCACCCGUCGUACCAGCAGGCGCAUCAGCGAGGAGUGCGGAGGAGCCAUGUACAGCAUUACUGGCAGCUCGAAACCCUUCGGUGCAACAGCCGCAAGGUGCAUUUGAUACAACAACAAUAACAUCAGCAGCAGCAGCAUUGGGACGAACUGCAUCAUCCCCGACGAACCCAGCUGCUGAAACAAGAGCUGUAAACGUGAGAAAUGGUGUUGCUGGUGCUGUUGCCACCUUGGCGGCAGUACCAGCGGCAAUGCAAGCACUGAACACGACGACGGCUUCCGGCUCGACGGCAGGAUUGGCACCACCUCAAAUGAAAGCAGGUGCGGCAGCCGCAGCAGCAGCGGGGGCGGCGGCGGGCGUUGCGGGCGUUACGGAGGCGCCUGUCGUACCACCACCCAGCUCCCAACAACCGCAGCAUGCCGUGGCAUCCUUGGUGGAUGGCGACGCCUGGGGGGGAACCAGCUUCGCUGCCGCUGCUCCUUCUUCUUCCCCAGCGGCGCCGGAAACACUUCCAGCUCAGCUGCCGCCGCCUCCACAGAUGGUGGCUGUGACAGCGGCGACCGCAGUACCUGCUGCUGCUGCUCCUACGGGGGCUCCGGGGGCUGCCGGCGCCUCUCCUAACCCGCCGCCCUCCACCGGUACGACAAGCAGCGCAACAGCCGCACCCGCUGUCGUACUGUCUACCGCGGCUGGCGCCUCCCUCCAUGAGCCGCCGCUGCAGGUGCUGGGGCCUCUUGCUGCCGCCCCCCCUCCGGCAACUCCUCCUGCUCCUCCUCCUGCACGCCAGCAGCGGCAGGCGGCUAGCGAUGGGGAGGAGACGGGGGGCCGAGCGGGGGCGGCAGCGGAAGGGGCUCUGGCCGCGACUGGGCAGCAAGCCGCGUGGCAAGGGAUGACGGGCGGGGCCUCACCAGCACCAACAGCAGCAACAGCAGCAGUGAGCCCGGGGCGCACCCCUGCACCAUGCACCGCUGCAGCAGUGGUGCCGGCAACAGCACCAGUAGCAGCAGCAGCAGCUACUGCCGCCGCCACUGCUCACCAGCUGCCGGUACGCCCUCCCGCCUCCCACGCGGUGCCCGCUAGGUCGGGUGUGGGUGGGGGUGCGGGGCGCAAGCAGCGGCCGGUGUCCAGCCUGCCGCAUGAGGUCUGCAUGCAUUGCUACGAGGCCCUUCCCGCGGAGGCAUGCGGCGCAGCGGACCCGCCCCACAGCACUGUAGCCCCUCCCGGUGGCAGCAGCAGCGGCAGCGGCAACGGCGACCCCUCCUCCCCCGCCUCCCCCUCCUGGCGCUGCGAGGGCCCCUGCCGCCGCCCCUUCCACACCUCCUGCGUCCGCCCCGCCAAGCCGCCCGACAAGUACGCGCCCCUGGCCGCCCGCAGCAUCUGCGAGCAGUGCUUCCGGGACUCCCACCCCUGCUCCCUGUGCGGCCGGGACGCCGCGGGGGAGGGCUCCGAGACCGCCGCGGGGCUGGUGAAGUGCGGGCUGGCGGCGUGCGGCCGGUGGUACCAUGCGGAGUGCCUGGCGGCGCAUCCCCUCACCAAGAAG